AUGAGUGAAAAUCAAAAAGAUUACUACGAGGGCUGGCUCAAAAAGAAGAAAUCUGAUGAGUCAAAUGGCUUCUUCUCCAAAUUCAAUUCUUAUAACAAAAGAUGGUUCAUCAUUGAUACUGAAGCAAGGACGUUCUCUUACUCAGAUGGACAGAAGAAGAAAAUCAAGAAGGAGUACUCCUUCGAUGACAUCACUGGAAUUGAAGAAGCUCAUGACCAGGGCCAGAAAGCGCCUGGCAAAUGGAAAUUUAAAUUCACUGUGAUGACGACUGAUAAAGCCUUCGAUUUGUUCUCGAGAACUGAGGAAGAAUGGAAAAUUUGGGUUGAGUCACUGAAAGCUAUACUUGUCCCAAAAGAAGAUCCUUCUAAGAAAAAGAAGAAGAAAAAGAAGAGUAAGAAAAACAAGAAGAAGGACAAAAGUAUUGACAUGGACCAAAUAUUUGUCAAGAGAGGUCCAAGAGAGACCGUUAAGUUAGAGCCUUCGGCUCCACUCGAGAUGGUAGAACUGAAUCCUCACUAUUCAAGGCCAUCCCAUGAAAAUGAAAAUGAGUCUGGGAUGAAUAAACCUCCAAUGAUUAAAAGAAAGAGAACAAAUCUUGAACAGUACAAUUUCCGUAUCACCCAAGACUUUAUUGAGCCCUCCACUCAACUAAGCACAAGGGAGGGGGCAUUAAAAUUACGCGAUUCGGACCUAUCCAAAAAUGACCAGGCUACCAAUAAUACAUCCAAGAACCACUUUGCUUCUUCAUCUAGCCUCGAUACACCUGAGAAACAAGAGAGAGGCCCUACUGAAUUAGUUCAGGAGGGAGAGGCUCCUUUUGAGGAGAACUGGGAUGAAGAUUUUGGGACGAUAGAAGAUAUCACCCAUAAAAAGAGAGUCCUCAAUUACUAAUUGUUAUUCACAAUUUAAAUUUGCUCAACUA